ACGAAGAUGAUUUCGCGGGCUUGAGUCUAUCACGUGGUAUUUUCGCGCCAAACCGCGGGAAGGAGAAAGAACUAGCUGCGUGUGUGGAGACUCCGACUGCAGUAUCGUCAUGGCGGAUUCCUCAGAAUCAUUCAUCAUUGCCACGAGCCCGAGGACCGGCUCCCGGCGAGGCGAUGCCCUCACCUCCAGUCCGGGCCGGGAUCUUCCGCCCUUCGAGGACGAGUCUGAAGGCCUCUUGGGAGACGAGGGUCUUCAGGUGGAGGAGGAAGAAGAUGGAGAGGAACUGAUUGGAGAUGCCAUGGAAAGGGAUUACCGCCCGAUAUCGGAGCUGGACACGUAUGAGGCUGAAGGCUUGGACGAUGAAGACAUGGAGGAGCUGACCGCCAGUCAGAGAGACGCUGCCGAGCAGGCCAUGAGGGUGCGAGACCGGGAGACUGGCCGGGACUUGGGGCGCAUGCGCAGAGGACUGCUGUACGACAGUGACGAAGAAGAGGAGGAUCGCCCCGCACGUAAACGUAGGCUGGCCGAACGUGCUGCGGAAGGUGCAGCAGACGAAGAUGAAGAGAUGAUAGAAAGCAUUGAGAACUUGGAGGAUAUGAAGGGUCACACAGUGAGGGAGUGGGUGUCGAUGGCGGCGACACGCCUGGAGAUCUACCAUCGGUUCAAAAACUUCUUGAGGACCCAUGUCGAUGAGCACGGACACAACGUCUUCAAGGAGAAGAUCAGCGACAUGUGCAAAGACAACAAGGAGAGCCUGGUGGUGAACUACGAGGACCUGGCCGCCCGAGAGCACGUCUUGGCUUACUUCCUCCCAGAAGCCCCUGCCGAAAUGUUAAAAGUUUUUGACGAGGCCGCAAAGGAGGUCGUUCUGGUCAUGUAUCCCAAGUAUGACCGCAUUGCCCAUGAAAUCCACGUCCGCAUCUCCCACCUCCCUCUGGUAGAAGAGCUGCGGUCCCUCAGGCAGCUGCAUCUGAAUCAGCUGAUCCGCACCAGCGGAGUGGUGACCUGCUGUACGGGGGUCCUGCCGCAGCUCAGCAUGGUGAAAUACAACUGCAAUAAGUGCAACUUUAUCUUGGGACCCUUUUUCCAGUCUCAGAACCAGGAGGUGAAGCCGGGAUCCUGCCCUGAGUGUCAGUCCCUGGGACCGUUUGAAAUCAACAUGGAGGAGACUGUAUACCAGAACUACCAGCGUAUCACCAUCCAGGAGAGCCCGGGAAAAGUGGCAGCUGGCAGGCUUCCCCGAUCCAAAGAUGCCAUACUUCUUGCAGAUUUGGUGGACAGCUGUAAACCGGGGGAUGAAAUAGAACUCACUGGCAUUUAUCACAAUAACUAUGAUGGAUCCCUCAACGUGGCCAAUGGUUUCCCGGUUUUUGCUACCGUUAUUCUUGCCAAUCACAUCGCAAAGAAAGAUGACAAAGUGGCUGUGGGAGAACUGACAGAUGAGGACGUCAAAGCCAUUGUGGCCCUUUCCAAAGACGAGCGGAUUGGAGAACGGAUUUUUGCCAGCAUCGCACCAUCUAUCUACGGACACGAGGACAUCAAGAGAGGCCUUGCUCUUGCUUUAUUUGGAGGAGAACCGAAGAACCCAGGUGGAAAGCACAAAGUCCGUGGGGACAUCAAUGCCUUGCUAUGCGGUGACCCAGGGACGGCGAAAUCCCAGUUUCUGAAGUACGUGGAGAAAGUCUCAAGCAGAGCUGUGUUCACAACUGGCCAGGGAGCUUCCGCUGUGGGUUUGACUGCCUACGUCCAGCGCCAUCCAGUGACUAAGGAGUGGACGCUGGAAGCAGGAGCGCUGGUCUUGGCUGACAGAGGCGUGUGCUUGAUCGAUGAGUUCGAUAAGAUGAAUGACCAAGACAGAACAAGUAUCCAUGAAGCCAUGGAGCAGCAGAGCAUCUCCAUCUCCAAGGCCGGUAUUGUCACCUCUCUGCAGGCUCGCUGCACCAUCAUUGCUGCUGCCAACCCCAUUGGAGGACGUUACGACCCAUCAUUGACAUUUUCUGAGAAUGUGGAUCUGACUGAGCCCAUUGUGUCUCGAUUUGACAUCCUCUGUGUGGUGAGAGACACGGUGGACCCUGUGCAGGAUGAGAUGCUGGCAAGGUUUGUGGUUGGCAGCCAUAUUAAGCAUCAUCCAAGCAACAAAGAUGUUGUUAAUGCUGAUUCAGAACGCGUUCUGCCAAAUACAUUCGGUGUGGACCCUUUGCCUCAAGAAGUGCUGAAGAAAUACAUCAUGUAUGCCAAGGAAAAGGUCCACCCGAAACUGAACCAGAUGGAUCAGGAUAAAGUGGCGAAAAUGUACAGUGACCUCAGGAAAGAGUCCAUGGCAACAGGCAGCAUCCCCAUUACCGUACGACACAUCGAAUCGAUGAUUCGUAUGGCAGAGGCGCAUGCACGAAUGCAUCUGCGGGAUUACGUGGUUGAAGACGAUGUCAAUAUGGCCAUAAGAGUGAUGCUGGAGAGUUUCAUUGACACACAGAAAUUCAGUGUUAUGAGAAGCAUGAGAAAGACAUUUGCCCGAUACCUGGCAUUCAGAAAAGACAACAACGAGCUUCUGCUCUUCAUACUGAAACAGCUGGUGGCCGAACAGGUGACCUACCAGAGGAACAGAUACGGUGCGCAGCAGGACACAAUAGAGGUGUCUGAGAAAGACCUGGUUGAUAAGGCUCGGCAGAUUAAUAUCCACAACUUGUCAGCAUUUUACGACAGCGAAUUGUUCAAGUUGAACCGGUUCACGCACGACCUGAAGAAAAAACUCCUCAUCCAGCAGUUCUGAGCCCGCAUGCUCUGCGGGGUGUGAUGCGGGACACAUGAACACUUUGACCGUUGUCAGCACACGAUGAGGGAAAGUGAGAAAAGAUCUUGUAAUAAAAUCUGCUGUCGAACCAAAUGAACCGAGGGCAGCACUCGGCUGGUGAAGCCGAUGCCUUUGCUGUCCUCUAUCAAGGUGACUGAAAUGUGGUCGGACCUGUUACUUUAUGGCAGCAAGAAACGAAUUCCCUUAUCACUGGUUCACCUUGUGUAUGGAGUCUGGAGCAAUACUCUGCAGCAUCUGAUUCCCUUCACUUGUUAGUGCCCAGCCCUGACCAUUGCAGACGUUGCCUCCUGGACAUCAAGCUGCGUGCGCUGAGACUCUUCCUCUGUAGUGCUUUUGUAUAUUUGAAACUGAUGCAUUGUGUAAUUUUGUAGAAAAAUAUAAGAAGUUUCUUUGCUA